UAGUUGGCUAUCUUAUGGGUUAAGCACCUAUUAGUUGACUAUUUUUGAGAGAAAUUUAUUUAAAGCUUUAACUUUUUUUUGCAGACUUCACAGAUUGAAUUUUACCAUAGUUGUUUCAAUUUUGACUCAGCAGAAGCAUCAGUGUGGAGAUAGACGAUUUUGAAGAAUGGAUUCUGAGCUGGUACUACAUACCGGUGGAUGUCACUGUAAAAAGGUAAGAUGGCAAGUCUAUGCACCAUCUAGCAUCGUUGCCUGGGAUUGUAACUGCUCUAACUGCUCCAUGAGAAAAACCACGAACUUCGUAGUUUCCUUGGAGAGAUUUGAACUUCUCGGGGACUCCAAAGAGUUCCUUACAACUUAUACAUUUGGGACACAUACAGCUAAACACACCUUCUGCAAAGUUUGUGGCAUAACUUCUUUCUUUAUUCCACGAUUGAAUCCAGAUGGAGUAUCCGUUACAUUAUGGUGCGUUGACCCCGGUACGCUAAAACAUGUUGAGAUUAAAUGCUUCGAUGGACAAAAUUAGGAAAGCUCGUACGGGCAAACUGGCAUUGCUUCGUGCUCGAAGGCAACAAGUGAAGACUCAAAUGAUAUCUGACUUUUUGGUUUGAAAGUCGUUUUUCACAAAUCUGUAUUGUAAUAAUGUGGCAGUUGAUCAAGUUUUCUUGAUUCAUCUUGUCUUGUUUUUCACAAAUCUGUAUUGUAAUAAGUUGAAUUCAUCUUUGAAAAUGAUGUUAUGUGAUACAGCAGAGUGAUACACUUGUCUUGAUAUUAGAAUAUGCUUUAAGUAAUAUGCACUUUUUUGCAUUAUC